GGAUCCUUAAUCAGCUGAUAUGUGAACUAUGUGAUCUAAGAUCAUCUAAGAUGAUAGUUUCCGAACAACACUAGAUAAUAUUUGUUGCAAAUUAAAAAUUAUAAAACAAGAAAAAGUCUUCAAAAUUAAGAAAAAUAAGUUAAUUGUAUUGAGCAAAAUGGAAUUAAUGGAGUUUACAGACCCCAAAUGUAUACCGGAUAUAAUUCAUAGUUACCCACUAACAAUAAGAGAAAAUGCUGUACCAAUUGUAAUCGAUAAUGGAUCAUACAUAUGUAGAGCCGGAUGGUCAGUCUACGAAGCACCUUUACUCCAAUUCAAGAAUUUAAUUGCAAAGCCCCGUAAAGAAAGACUGAAGAAGGAUACUAGUGAAAAUUCUCAAAUCCCUCAGCUACAAAUUGGAAAUGAUAUAAUCAAUAUCGAGGCUGUUAGGUUUCAACUGAAAACUCAGUUUGAUCGAAAUGUUGUUACUCAUUUUGAGGCACAAGAACACUUGUUUGAUUAUACUUUUUCACAUCUGGGAAUAGAUACAGAUAACUCUGUUAACCAUCCAUUAGUUUUAACAGAAGCAUUUUUGAAUCCAAAUACUUCACGUCAAUUGAUGUCAGAGUUAUUAUUUGAGUGUUAUGAAAUUCCUGGUUUAUCAUAUGGUGUAGAUUCACUUUUUUCAUACCACUAUGCUCAAGUAAAGCCUCUGGAAAAUGCCUUGAUAGUAAAUUUGGGAUACCAAACUUGUCAUGUAAUUCCUAUUAUCAAUAAUCAAACAAUUUUUGAAAACACUAGGAGAUUAAACAUUGGCGGAUGGAAUGUAGUUACAUUUUUGCAUAGAAUUUUGCAAUUGAAGUAUCCUGCUCAUGCCACAGCUAUUACUUUGAGUAGAGCUGAGGAAUUACUGCAUUCUAUUUGUGCUGUAUCACUGGACUAUACAGAAGAAUUAACUAAAUGGACAAAUCAUGAAUAUUAUGAAAAAAAUAUUAAAAGAAUUCAACUCCCAUAUAGUAUUAUCACCAAUAAUGCAUUAACAUUAGAACAACAAAAAGAGCGAAAACGUGAGCUGGCCAGACGGUUAACAGAAAUAAAUGCAAGGAAGCGAGAAGAACGGCUUGCUGAAGAUCAAGAUAAAUUGAAACAGUUCUUAGAACUCCAAGAGAUUAUUGAUUUUGGGGCUGAAAAGGAGGAAGUUGAUCAGAUAUUGUCUGAAUAUGAAUUAAAAAGCGUACAAGAUUUGCAAAAAACAGUUGCAAAUUUGAACGCAAGAAUUGAGAAAACUAAACAAAAAAUAUUAGCUUCAACUAAUAUAGAUGAUAUUGAAGAACCACCUAUUAAGCAAGCCAAGAAUUCAAAAAUGGUGUUUGAGAAUGACAGUGCAUUACAUUCCUUCUUGGAUAAUGUUAAAAAAAUGAGACAAGAUAUUAUUAACAAAAAACUUACACGUAAACAACGUAAACAAGAUAUAUUCAAAAGAAGAACUGCAGCAGGUCAAGAGAGAAUGAGAAUAAUAUCUCAGUUGGCACGAAAAGAAAAAGGAAAUGAUGAUUUUGGAUUAAGAGAUGAGGAUUGGGAUAUUUAUAAGACUAUUAGCAAAGAUGGGGGAGAUUCUGACAGCGAGGCAGAAAAUGAAAAGCUUCUGGAACUAGAAGAAGUUAUAAGAGCACAUGAACCAUCACAAUUUGAAGAAGGUGUAAAUGUGGACGAAAUGCAUCAGCUCCAUGUUGGUAUUGAGCGUUUUAGAGCUCCAGAACUCAUAUUUAAACCAUAUAUGUCAGGUUCGGGAGAAGCUGGUCUCUCUGAAAUUAUUGGUUAUGUUUUAUCUUUGUUCAACGAAGAAGAUCAAUUGAAAUUAGCAGCUAACGUUAUUAUCACUGGUGGUUUAGGUUCUCUGAAAGGUUUCAAAGAACGUAUUUUAAACGAUUUAAUUUCGAUAAGGCCUUUCAAGUCCGAGGUUAAUGUUAAUAUUAUGGAAAAUUGUAGUUUGACUGCUUGGUAUGGUGCCAAGGAAUUUGCAAUGAGAGGCGAUUACACAAAGAAUUUAUUGACUAAAUCCAUGUAUGAGGAAUGUGGUCCAGAAUAUUUCAAAACCCAUAAAGCAUCAAAUAGAUAUUAUCCUACACCAAAAGAAAUUACCGUUGAUGUUGAUUGUUAAUGAUUCAACUGUUGUUUAUUAUAUCAGUGUCAUCAAUUUCAUUGUAUACAUGUUAGAUUUUAAAUAAAAAAAUACAUUUGUCUCUUAAAUUAA